ACAUUAAACAAUGAGGUCCAGGAACAAAACGAGACAAUCCAAAACUUAAACAAUUGGAAUAAAAAUCUGUGCAAAAGGAUCGAAAAGUCCUCGGUUAAGAAGCAGAAGCUACAGGAGAAGAUCUGAACCUUUUUGCACAUGCUCAACUGCCACUUAGAAAAACAGACCAAGAGGAUCCACUUGCAAGACGAAUUGCUGGAGAAAGUUCAGAUGAGGUGUGAUGAAGCAGAAGGUGAAGUCUGCCCACACCUACGAGAUCUGAAGGAGGAACGUCAACAACAUGCUCAGCUGAAAGACUCCCAUUCAGAGCUCCUCAAAACUGUCACCGAGCUCAACCAAGAGAAGGUGAAUUUGAAGGAGGAGCUCGAAACGUUGAGGACAGGAGUCGGUUCCUCAAAUUUUGUUUUUAAAUCUUAUAAGAAGCGCAUGUCCGAAGAUCUGAAAUGUGUGGAGAACAGGUUAUCGGAGGAGUGUAGAGAGACAGAGAGACAACGACAGAGGAACACAGAACUGUCGGAGGAGAUGGAGAUUCUCUGUGAUGAACAUGAAAAGAUCAAACAGGAGAAAACACGUCUGCAAGAGCAAAUCCAGCAGAUGUGUGAGGAGCUGCAGAAAGCCCACGCCGAGCUGGAGAGCUCCACGAAGACGUUAGCAGAGGAGCAGAGGAGAAACCAACUUCUCACACGACUGAAGGACAAAUACAAACUCCACGACGACAAAGAAGAAGACGAAGACGAGAGCGCGAGAGGAGAGGAAGAGGAGACGAAGGAGGAGGAAGAGGAGACGGAGGAGGACGAGGAGGAGGCGAGUGGUGGAAGAGAGAAGACUGGGACAAACUAGAUGAUUAGACCUGGGUUAGACCAGGGUGAGAUCAGGUUUAGAUCGGGUUUUCAAACCUGGUUUAAACCUGGGUUAGACCUUGUUUAGUCCUGGUUUAGACCUGCCGGUAUUACGACAUCCGUCCGGUAUUAUGACAUGUCUCUAUUUACUCUAUUUUUGUUUAGCACUCAUGCCUCACAGCAAGAAGGUUGUGGGUUGGAUUCCCGGGUGACCCGGGUCUUUCUGUGUGGAGUUUGUGUUUCUCUUCGUGUCUGGAUGAGUUUCCUCCAGUUUCCUCCAUCAACACAAAACCUGCUCCAGGUCCAUGAACAGUUGAGAGUCAAGGACACAAACACAAUCAAUUCAAUCAUUGUGUCCUUCGGCAAGACACUUCACACACAUUGCCUCGUAUGAAAGUGGUGUGUGUGUGAGUGAUGGUGGUGUUCAGAGGGACCGAUGGCGCCGAUUGACAUGGCAGCCGUGCUUCUGUCAGUCUGCCCCAGGGCAGCUGUGGCUACAACAGUAGUUUACAUCAGCAGGUGUAGAGUGAAUGAAUAAUGCUGAAUAAUGUUCUGUAAAAUAUCUUUGUGACAAAAAGCGCCGUCUCUAUUCAGACGCGCCGCUAUUACAACAUGUUUUAUAUUUGUGACUACAAAAUAAAUCAACUAUUCUAAAUAUUUUAAAAUAUAUCAACAUUUCAUCAUUUGUAAAUCUAGUUAUUGAAAAAAACUAAAUCACACACAAAGUCGGACUCUCCUGAAACUCUGAGAGAAUCAAAACAACAAAAAUGUAGAGCUGUAUCAUAAUAAUUUAGUAAAACAAACCAAAAACUACUCUGGGUGAUAUAUCGAUACAGCAGCC